UACAAGUUGCUACUAGUGUGUGUACAGUUCAACACGCCUCCUUACAACUGGAUGUGUAUUCGUCUCCAGGAAAUCACUUGAAACAUCAGCUAAGAAAAUGGCUGCAAUAUCAUCCAGUUAAUCCUUCACGGUUUUUAAACGUGUCUUUCGAAAGUCGCAUGGUAUUCGCCACAGAAUUAGAUUUUUGUCAGUGUGACUGAUCGCCGGUGAGCUCUAGGCCCUUCAGUGAUGCCUCGGACCGUCGUGAGAUCCUGAGCCGACCAGAGCUCCGCUCCACACAGCUGGAGCCUCGACAUACUUCAGGAAGAGAGAGACCUGGCCACUGAGUUUAUGAACAGUCUGGAGAGAGACAGGGAAUCAUGCUUUCACCAUCAAGAAGGGAUUUUGUAUCUCUGACUCUCAGUGAAAGCGGCAGCUACACCAACAGCAAGCAGUGGCGCCGGCAGUCCUGCUGGAGGAAAUGGAAACAGCUGUCCAGAUUGCAGCGCAGCCUGAUUCUGCUUACAUUGAUGCUGUUGCUGGUUUGUGGAAUCGCCACAUCUCCCACUCUCAUAGAACACUGGAGAGGUGAUACAGUUGGGGGGAACAGGAACGAUGGGAAACCGCAAUUUGUUGUUGACCUGAAAAAUGAGUACAGGUCCAUUCUUCCUGAGCCGCCCUCUGAGAGAAAGGACUACCGUAGACGUGGACCUCCUUUCUUGCAGAACCGUUUGCAACUCAAAACGAAUGUUUCAGCUCUGUUGGGAGAAGAAAAUAAUGGACCGGACCUAAAGAAUGCAGAUAAAGGAUCGGAGGGAGGAAAGCCGAUCAUUAGUUGGCGUGCAGCUGUGAUAGAAAAAGAACAGGCCUCUGAUACUGACACCAAAGACACAGAAAACCAAGACGGCCCAGCAUCAUUAGCACGUGCUGAGAGCAGGCUGGAGGCUGUGAGAGAAGCUUUUAGACAUGCCUGGAAGGGCUACAAGGACUUUGCUUGGGGUCAUGAUGAGCUCAAACCCAUCUCUAAAUCAUAUGGAGAGUGGUUUGGACUUGGUCUGACCCUAAUUGAUGCUCUGGACACCAUGUGGAUCUUGGGUCUCAAAGAGGAGUUUGCAGAGGCAAGGGAGUGGGUGGCCAAAGAGCUCUCCUUCGAUAAAAACGUGGAUGUUAAUCUUUUCGAGAGCACCAUUCGUAUCCUGGGGGGCCUUCUAAGUACUUACCAUCUGACCGGAGACCUCAUGUUCCUGGAUAAAGCUAAAGAUAUUGGCUCCAGGCUGAUGCCCGCCUUCAACACUGCCUCUAAAAUCCCCUAUUCGGAUGUGAAUAUUGGGAAGGGAACGGCUCAUCCUCCGCGAUGGACUUCAGACAGCACCGUAGCUGAGGUCACUAGCAUCCAGCUGGAGUUCAGAGAGCUCAGCCGACUCACUGGAGACACCAAAUACAAGCUUGCUGUGAUGGAGGUGAUGCAGCAGGUGCAUAAACUGGACGGAAAGCAAGAUGGGCUGGUGCCGAUGUUUAUAAAUACCAACAAUGGGCUGUUCACCCAUCAGGGCAUUUACACGCUGGGCGCCAGGGCUGACAGCUACUAUGAGUAUUUGCUGAAGCAGUGGAUACAGGGAGGCAAGACAGAGAACGAAUUGCUAGAUGACUACCUGCUGGCCGUGGAAGGGGUGAAGAAGAACCUGCUGAACAAGUCUAUUCCUCAAGGCCUUACAUUUGUAGGAGAGUUGUCCCAUGGACACUUCAGUCCCAAAAUGGACCAUUUGGUAUGUUUCUUGCCUGGCACACUGGCACUGGGGGCACAUUACGGCCUUCCUGCUGAUCAUAUGGAGCUGGCAAAACAGCUGAUGGAGACCUGCUACCAGAUGUAUGCCCAGAUGGAGACGGGUCUGAGCCCGGAGAUAGUUCAUUUCAACAUGCAUGAGGGGAGCACAAAGGAUGUAGAUGUAAAGAUUGCUGACCGGCACAACCUUCUGCGGCCAGAGACCGUGGAAAGCCUGUUCUACUUGUACAGAUUCACCCAGGAUAAGAAGUACCAGCAGUGGGGCUGGGAGAUCCUACAGAACUUCAAUAAGUACACAAGGGUUCCCACUGGAGGUUAUACAUCCAUAAACAAUGUCUGUGACCCGGCCUAUCCUAGCCCUCGAGACAAGAUGGAGAGCUUCUUCCUGGGUGAGACGCUCAAGUACUUCUACCUGCUGUUUUCUGAGGACCCCGACCUUAUCAGCUUAGACAAGUACGUCUUCAACACUGAGGCCCAUCCUCUGCCCAUAUGGCCACAAGCAGAGUGAUGGACCCACAAGCACACGUGCGUAACCAAACACACCUCUCUCAGGGCCGUGAACACAUUUGAUAUCCAAACUGCCGUCUUUUUCUACACUAGGAACUCUUUUCUUUUGUAAUUGCAAGUCACUUUCUGGUGAAAUAAUUAGAGCCAUGACAAAAAUUUGUUUGUAGGUGCAUAGUUUCUGAGUUUACUAGUGAUCUGUAUGUUUCUAUUAAUAGAGUUUCUCUAUUUAUGCUUCUAUGAUACUUUGAUCAGCUGGGCUGCUUAGUUAGCCCACUGAAUCAAUAUGCUCAGUCUCUCAGCCCAAGCACACAGACAAACAAAAAAAACAUUCAUACUGUGAAACCUUAUGGGGACUGCAAGCACUUUAUGGUGUGUUUUGGGGGUUUUAGUGUGUGUGUAUAUUUUCGUUUAAUGAAGGAACCACUGCUGUUUUUGUUGUGGGGAGUCUUUCUUAGGGAGUCUAUUUAGCUUUGUAAAUUUGUUUUUCUUUGCAUCAUAAUUAUUUCCAUGGUUUUAUUUGUUUUCCAGAGCAUUUGGAAUAUGUGGUUACACUUUACAAUAAGGUCUCAUUUGUUAACAUUAUUUAAAGCAGUAACUAACAUGAACUAACAAUGAACAAUACAUUUUUGCAGCAUUUAUUAUCUUUUGUUAGUUAGUUAAUAAA